UGAGUUCAUUGACCGUCUCGAAAACAUGUCAUGAGUGGCUUUAGUGCGACUUUUGUGAUAUUUUCAGCGCCUCCGCUUAAAAUACUGGGCGCAUGUAGAUUUAAGUAAGCAGCACAUGAUCGCCAUGGGUAGUGACCAACACUUUUGCCUGCGGUGGAACAACUUUCACAGCAACAUAGCCACGUCGUUUGAGCACCUCCGAGAUCAUGAGGACUUCGUGGACGUGACGCUGGCAUGUGAGGGGCGCAGUCUGAAGGCUCACAAGGUGGUCCUCUCAGCCUGCUCACCCUACUUCAGAAAUUUGCUCAAGCAAAAUCCUUGCCAGCACCCAAUAAUAAUCUUGCGAGAUGUGGCAUUUGUGGACAUGUCUGCACUUCUCAGUUUUGUGUAUCAAGGGGAGGUUUAUGUAUCUCAGGACAGACUCACAACUUUCUUACGCACAGCUGAGAUGCUUCACAUAAAGGGACUGACGGAACAGAAUCAACAGCAAUCUCAUUUAGCAGCACAUCAACUUCAAAGAGAUCAGGGAGGGUUAGUAAACAAGGUGGUGAGCAGCCUAGGUUCUAUAGCAGUUCAAGGUCCGUCCUCACCACGCUUGAGAUCUACACCUUCGCCAACCAGUCAUGUAUUACAGCAACCGUCCCAUAUCUCACCACCACCUAAGAAACGGCGCCCAGCCAGCAGUCCCACCCUCAACUUGCCACUAUCCACCGCAGCACCUUCUACUCCACCCCGCUCAGAUGUACCUCCAGCCCGAAUAGAGCUUAGUCCUCACCUGGAAGGCUCAACCUUGGCAGCAGCCCUCACAAAACCACUUAAUGCUACCAGCCAACGAGGAGAUAGUACCCCACGGGGUUCACAGCCUCCACCCUCUGCACAGUUACCCCCUCCCCCUCUGUUACCAGCACCCUUACCCGCUCCAGAUGUGCCAAAGGUAAAGCAGGAGGAUGAGGGAGAGGGGACAGGGGGAGAAGAAGAUGGUAUAGGACCAGACCAGGCUGUGAACCUUGUGACAGAAGGGUCAAUUUUGAGGCAACGCAUCCAAGGUUAUCAGGGUAGCAGUGAGACACCCUCAGCUCUGCCCCCCCCUGCCACCACCAGCAGUAGUACACGGCCAUCACAAGCACUCAUCCACCCGCAUACCCUUAAAGAUGACUCACUGAGUGAUGAUACAAACCUGGGGGAUGUGGGGGUAGAGAUGGGAGAUAGCGGGAGUGGGGAGAAGGAGGCUCUAGCAAGUCCACCACCCAUGGUGAUCAGACCACCACUCAUGGGCCUUCUACCCAGGGAAGCUGCAGGGUUAUACACGGGUCCAGGAACGUCAGGGUCUUUAAGUCAACAUGACUCUUCUCAAGACGCUGAAUAUCUGGUGCGGACAUGCGUUCCCAAGCUUUGGAACAGCCGUCAGCCAGGCAUCUGUCCCAUAUGUAACCGCGUCUUCAGCAACAAAUUCAAUCUGAAACAGCACAUUAUCAAUAUUCACACCAAGGGCGAGGGGGUGGAGUGCGACUUGUGCCACAAAAAAUGCAAAAACAAGUGGUACUUGCGUCGCCAUCAGGUGACUCAUCAUGGGGCGCCUCUUAAACGAAACCGCAACUACACCAUGGAGCAGUACGUCAAUGAUGAAAAUGAUCAGGGAACCAAGGACACUACGUCCGAGUAAGAACCUCACCUGAUCUCUGUGUGUGUUAGACUGCAGGAGGAUUCAGGCCCUACUGCUCUAACUCAGCAGAAACAUAUCAAGAAGUGUAUCUUGGUUGGCUAUUUUGAAGCAUUUAAUCCAAAGUUGUUAUGUCUGUUGAGUAACAGAUUGUUCAAGGGUAAUGUUUCACCCUAGCACGGCUUAUAAAUAGCUGGACCAAGUACACAACCCCCAAAGAGGCUGAUCAUUUGUAACUUAGAUUUUCAGCUAUUUUAAGCUGACCAAGUCUUUGCAAUGCCCUCAGUUUUCAUUCUCAGGCAUAAAGUAAUAACAUAAGUGCUCAACUUUACAGUAUAUAUAGUUAGAAAGGUACAUAAGUGUCACAGCUUUGGAUGGCAUACAAGGAGAAUAGCCCAUAUGAGUAUUGAGUAUUGGUAAUGUGUUGGUUCAUGGUGAGUGGAUGGUUGGUGUUUCCAGUGUGUCUGUAAUGAAUAUGUGGACCUUUUACCACUUCUUAGACUAAUUAACUAAGUUGUUAGGGAAUCAGUGCAGCUCCUUUGUCAGUAGAAAUGCUACAGGAAGCCAGCUGCAUUUGAUUACCUUGAAACAGAUGCUUUACAAUGAACCUCUUUUAUUUUCUCGAAACCAGUGUAACUGGGAAGAAUUUUGUACCCCUGUAUUUCCUCUUGUACCUAAUUUGUGCCAAAAAGAAAAUUAACUUUCUUCUCUUCCAUUAGCUAAUGAUCAGGAAAUAAGUAACACUUAUCAAUAUUUGGAAGCAUUGGGCAAUCAGUAUCUUUUACUUCCAAGAAAUUUGUGCAAGUUUGAGAUGAUGUGAUGUCAGGGACACCUGCUUUUGAGACUUAGAUUAUGCAGACUCCUAAAGUGUACAAACAAAGUAGAAAAUCACAUUAUCUCCAGUGCAAAGAUUCUGUGCCACUUAAUUCAUAACUUCUAUGUCUUCCAAAGGCUACGACAAUACCUAACCAGUAUGUUCAUGUGUAUGACUAUAGAGGUAGCUGUUGUUUGUGAGAUUUUGAAAUACCUCAACAAAUUAAUCAAGUGGUUGUUAGUGUUCAGUGGGAUUACCCCCAGCAAAAGUAUUGCUCUUCUCAAAGUCCAGCUAGCCAACGCUUCUCUUCCUGUAUUUUGGCAAACUUGGCAUAGUCACAAGUGGUGUCUAUGUGCUGAAACAUACAUUUUUUGGUUAUAGAAGCAUUUGCUUUAUUUGUAAUUAUUUUAUAUAAUUUUUUUUUUCUUGACUAAAUGCAAAAGGAGCUAUAUGUAGGCACAUAGGCAUUAACACAUUUUUAUACUCACUUUCAGUAACCAGUGAGAAUCCGUAAAAAAAAUAUUGGUACAUAGUAACAAAGACAAAAGUACUACCUACCUCCCUCCCUUUUCUUCGGCGCUACCUCCAGUUUCUCUCCAGUUACAUACAUAUUUACUCACAUGCAGGUUGUAUUUUGGUAGAUUGUCAUUAUCUGCAGAGAUAUAAUCAUUGACUAGGGAGCACAUUAUUUUUUAUUAUUCUAUAUAUACAUAUAUAUAUAUAUUUGUAUUGCAGGCAGUGUUUUAUAGGUAAAGGCUUGUUAUAAUUUAAAAGUUGUUUAAAAGACCAUAUAUUCAAUGAUGACUAUGCCAGUGCCAAUUGUAACAACCAUGACAGUAUAUAUUUCCGUUGGUUAUUUGAUCUGAGGAUAGUGACAGCAGAAGGAGCAGAGUUCUGUGAGCAUUUCCAUGACAGGUAGAUAUUAAUGUUCAACGGGUAUAGCCUAAUGCUAUGCUCUGUUGAAGGAAGUUGUUAAGUGAUAAAAGCAUACCUCCUCUGAGAGAGUUUAGUUGUAAAGUCACCGUGAUGGGGAGGUACUGGUUGUGUUCAAGAAAUGUUUUCUGGAUCAUGUUGGUAAGUGAUGCUGUUUGCUCAUAACUAAUUGGACAAUCCAGUAUAUUUUUAAUCAGUUUAACGGCUUUAUCAUAAGUUCCCCAAAUUUAAGAGUUUUUUGAACACAAUCAUUGACAAUAAGCUCUCUUGAAUCAGAGACAUUCCAGAUGGAAUGAAAUCAUGUGAUGAACAAUCAGUGAGGACGAGGCUUGUACAGCGAUAUGCAUGAGACGCUCACACCCAGUGUUACCCAUUGCUCAAAACCCCUUCCCCCUUCCUCACUGUGUCUCUUGUUUCCAUAUCAGCAAGUAUGACUACCUCUUUGAGCGACGACUUUAUUUUGUAAGACAUAUUCCUUCUUUUUUCCUCCCCUUUUUUAUGUUUGUAUUUCAUACUCUUAUCGUUAGAGUAACAUAUACCCAGUGUAAAUGGGAAUCAACCAUCUGAGGUCAGAAAAGUUGACAGUCAGAUCAUUGGUUUCACAAACAUCAGUUUCUUUCAAGAAUUGAAUAAAUUUAGAUAAUACUCAAAGUAAGUAACAGAAUGAAAUUAUAGAAAUUAAUAUUUUUCUCAGUUGCUUGGAUGGUUUAAAACCUCCAACCAAACAACACAGGGUUAUAUUUGGCUGUUCAAGGAGGCGUCUAAGACUGCCUACAAGUUGCAGCCCAUAUAUAGUAAUGUCCUCUUAUACUGGAGAAUUAUGAUGUACUUAAUAAGGCUGAAGGAGAUGGUCAUGCUUGCCAUUUAGUAAUAUACAAGAUUUCAGAAAAAAGGUUUGGUUGGAAACUAUUUUUGUGAUUCCCUUUAUUUUUCAUAUAUGUAAUUUAUUAAAAAUUUUGGAUGCAAGGAUGUAUCCACUUUUUGUGCCAAUUUGUGUAUAUUGUGUCUAGUGUAUGUGUAAUGUUAAAGAUUUCUUAUGUGUGGUGUAUGGUACUUACAUUGAUAAAAGGUUUAAGGUGGAGUAAGUGGUAAGGAUUUAUGUAUAAAUGGAUUACAUUCAAUUACAGUGUAUUUUUAGUAUGAAGUUAAGUUAUAUUUAUUUCUAUUUUUUUGGUAUAUGUUGUCCUUAUUAUCUUUAUUUGAAACCAUGUCCUUAUAGUGAUGUAGUUUGUUAAUGUAGGUUAAUGAUAUUUGGAGGUCUUUUUGAAGCAUCAAAAAUUGUCUUUUCUUUUUAUCAACAGAACAAUUAACAUUAUAAUGUGCAAUUUGUUCCAUAGUGCAGAUUUUUACAUAUCAUUUUUGGAGAGAUCUCCACUUUUAAGGAAAUGUGAGUGCAUUAUGCUAAGGAAUGUUUAAUAGUUUUUUCUGCACCUGUUAAAUCCAUGUUCAUUGCCUACUUUUUGUUAUCCAAGGAAUAUAUUGGAGCCACCAUUUGAUUUAGUCCCACACAAUUAGAGCCUUUCCAAAUGUUUAUAGAAAAGAAUGCGAUCAAACUUGGAAGCUCUCAUUUGUUAAGGUCUAUCUAUAUGAAAUGGAAAUGUCUCCCAUAUUGACUUGGGCCCACUGUUAUGACCCCACACCCUUGCUAGUUGUGACGCAUAGUGCUAGCCGACCAGUUGUUGCCCAGCCCCAGAACAGUUGUGCUUAACUUAAGGACAGUAGCCAUGCUCCAGAAGAAUGAGAUGUUUGCACUCUAACUUUGCUCAGGGCCUUAGUCUAAGGUUCCUGGAUGUUAAAUAAUACCUUAUACAUCUACCAAGAGUUGUUUAGAGUUGAAAGUAUCUCAUGCUUUCUGAAUGCACCCAGUAUCUAUGGUAUGGUAGAAAUCAAAGUAUGGCCAUUUUAUGUAUUUGCCUUCUGAGAAGUUCUGAUACCUUUCUCUUAAGGUAUAUAUAGGGUGGUCAUGCUGCUCACUACCUACCAUUUUAGCCAUAAGUCAAAUAUUGAAUCCUUCAUCAAAGCCCAUACCAAAUCAAUCAGGUUGCUCAUCAGGUUGUUAUACCCAAGCCGGGGUAGGAGGGAGCUGAACACAGCAGGAAACAUGAUGUUCUGUUUUUGCACACAACAAACAAGAGUGGUAAUUGAAGAGUUUUGUUUCUCAUAGAUUACUAUUAAGAAAAUAAUAGGGGAUGAUACUGACACUGCAGUUACCAGUUGUUAUGUGCAGAAGAUAUGUGUCAACAUAUGUUUCCUGUAGUGGGAGGAAUAGACAAGUUGAACAAAGACUGAUUCAGCCUCGUUUUGGUGUUGUCCAAGUGCCUUCGUCAGAUGAACUUUCCGAGAGAUUAGCAUAUUAGUGGAUGUUAAUUUUAGUAUACAGACUGAUUAUCCACUAUAAUAUAUAUCAUAUUUUAACCCCAUCCCAUGACUAAACUAAGUACAACUAUUGAUAUUUGUUACAAAUCCAGGGUAUGUAUGGGUGCUUGACUCGGCUAAUCAUGUUGACUGUUUUAAAAGACGGAAAUGAAGUUACUUGGAUGAGAUGCAUUAUGUCAUGAAUGUGAAACUUAAAAAGAGAUAAUAAGGGCUAUUAUCAGCCUCCCCAUGAACCUUUAGCUCCCUUCUCUCCGGCCUCUGUAACUCUCAACUCACCUCACAAACCAGGGAAUAGUGCCUCUUCGGAGGUGCAACAUAGCCACAGCAAAUUUUUACAGGUCCUAUUACAGGUUACCAAAGUGAUAUAAUGGGUUAACACUAACAAGGGAUGGAGAGAAGAUAACCAAUAUAGUUUUUAAAUAUCCAGUUAUAUUUUCUCCCAACUUUGUUUUAUAUUUUUUGUAAAUGGGAGAUAUCUUACCACAGUUAUUUGGCUCUCCAGCCCUUGUUGCCCACUAUAUCAUGUGUACAGGUUUUUUAUUUUCAGAGUCUAUAUUUCUCAGAUGUGUAUCAUUACUGUAAUUAUGUUUAUUGAUAUUUAUAAAGACAUAUUUCUCAUCUGUGUACGUAAGGCUCGCUGCAGGGAGACAGAACCCAGCUAUCUGAAUCCGUGAUCCGUGAGCCUUAAUUCAUGCACGUUACAAUGUACAGAUCAUCCAAGUCAGUUUUUGUAAAGCAAUAGCAUGUGUCAGGUAAAUUUGGUUCACAAAGUUGGUCCGUGUUCCAUAUGUCUGAUGAUAAGUUCUGCAAGUUAGGUGAUGUUAGGAAAAGAAUGUAUCAGGUCAGUCAGGAUCACGGAGCUCAAGAGUACGGAUAGAACCCUGCUGCGGCUUGCCCAUGUAAAGCUGGCUAUCCAUAGUACAAACUGAUAUAACACUGUGCUACAAGCUUGGCUCCAUGCAAUUGCUACAUUUGGACCUCUUUCUGAUAGUUUUUUUUUUCUUUUUUUUUUUCUCUUUUUUUUUUAUCUUUAUUUUGUGAUGGAUGCUGAUGUGUCGGCGUUUUGUGUCAAGAGUGAAAAGGACACAUCUCUUAAAUAGCUAUGUAAGGUCAAGGGUUAAAGUUCAUCAAGAAGGAGGCCAUAUGCAUUGCCUGUGCUAUUAUUCAGGGAAUUGAUGACACAUAUUUAUGGUGUUCAACUCUUGUGGGAUACUCCUCUCCCUUGUUCCAAAGGCAAUAAGGGUUUUUUUUUUUUAGAGACAGACCAGUGAUUUCUAGUUCAAAUAAUGUAAACUCAGAUAUUUUUUGGCUAAUUUGUUUUACUAAAUGUCGAUUUCAGCAUCUGUCUUAACGCAUGUACAAAUUUUUUGUCAUAAUGUUAGUUUUAAAGAUAUUGGAUGUUUUAUGUGCAAAUAGAUUUAGUUACGUGUCUAAUGUGUCUGGAGUUUUGCAAGCAUCUGAUAUAAUGACCCCCCUACCCUGUUGUCCACCCACUCAGUUGUAAAUUCUGGCACACACUAACAUUGUUUGGCAGCUAAACUAGUAAUCAAUAAUUACAUGUGCUUGAAUGUAUAAAUAUAAAUAUGCAAAUAAGCAGUAAUACAUACAUAUUCAGAAGCACACUCCAGUGUAUACAUGUACAGACAUGCAUACUUAUUUAAAUGUUCAUUGGUACACACUGCGCAUGGACAUAUGUAUAAAUGGACAUGCACAUGGAUAUGCACGCAUAUAUGCAGAUAUACACCCACUUCCACACCUACACCCAUAAUUACUGACAUACAUGCAUGCACCCUCUCUCUCUCUCUCU